AUGCCAGAUAAACACAUUGAUACUAUCACAAAAGCAGCUUAUAAAUUAAGCAAUCAUCUAUUGGAUAUUGUGAAUGCAACCAAGAUUUACACAAUGGUACCAUCAUGGGGUUACAAGGAUCCAAAUUCUGUAGGAGGAUGGAACGGAAUGCUUGGACAAUUGCAUCGAGGAGAAGCAGAUAUAGGUACUCCAUUAUUUUUGACUACUGAUCGAGUGUCAUUAAUUGAAUAUAUAUCUAUGACCACACCGACCCAGGCAAGAUUUGUGUUCAGGGCUCCUCCUUUAAGUUAUGUCCAAAACUUAUAUCUUCUUCCAUUUGAUCGAGGUGUAUGGCUCGCUAGUCUGAUUUUUAUCCUUUUAAUGAUAUUUGUUAUUAGUUGUACAUCAAUGCUAGAAACAGAUGAGAAUACAGGAGUUUGGAUAACAGUAAGCAAUUCUUUCCUAUUGUCAUUGGGAGCAAUAUGUCAACAGAGUCCCCCUAAAAGUCCAAGAUAUCCUGCAGGAAGAAUAGUUACUUUAUUUUUAUUUGUGGCUGUUAUGUUUCUAUAUACUUCAUACACCGCUAAUAUAGUAUCUUUGCUGCAAGCUCGAACCUACAGUAUCAGAACACUCAAAGAUUUACUCAAAUCUCCAUUAAAAAUCGGAGUUGAUGACAUUGUUUAUAAUCAUUACUACUUUUCGACAGCAACUGAUCCAGUUCGGAAGGAAAUUUAUGAGAAAAAAGUUGCUCCGAAAAAUAAAAAACCAAACUUUUUCAGCCAGCAAGAUGGUAUUAAUAAAAUGAGACAGGGUUUAUUUGCUUUCCAUAUGGAACGUGGUGCCGGAUACAAAGUUGUAUCAGAAACAUUCUACGAAGAUGAAAAGUGUGGUCUAAUGGAAAUAGAUUUUUUGAAGUUCAAUGAUCCAUGGAUGCCGGUGCAGAAACGUUCUCCAUACAAGGAAAUCUUCAAAGUAAACAUGUUCAAAAUACGAGAAAGUGGAAUACAAUCUCGUGAAAUAGCACUGCAUUACACCAAGAAACCAGUUUGCACUACUGGGGGUGCUAGUUUCGUUAGCGUGGGAUUAGUCGACUGCUACUUCGCAGGAUUUCUACUCGCUGCCGGAAUUGCGAUCUCUAUAUGUAUAUUAGUGAUUGAAUUAUUGAGUGGUUCGUGCCGAAUCAAAACUGAUGAUGUCAGUCAAAAUAGUGAACUAACAACUAAUGACACAAACAGAGUAAAUGAAAAUAUACAUUUUUUGGAAUGA